AUGGCGUCCGGCGGUGCAACGAGAAACGGCAACCUUCCGCAGACCUCACUGCCACCACCGCAGCCGCAUAAAACCGGGUCCGCCAGAAUCAACUGUUACGAGAUUGAAAGGACCAUUGGCAAGGGCAACUUCGCCGUGGUCAAACUGGCCACUCACAUCAUCACCAAGGCUAAGGUUGCUAUAAAGAUAGUAGAUAAAACACAGUUGGAAGAGGAAAACCUGAAGAAGAUCUUCAGAGAAGUUCAAAUCAUGAAAAUGUUAAGACACCCUCACAUUAUCAGGCUAUAUCAGGUUAUGGAGACAGAAAGAAUGAUUUAUUUGGUUACAGAGUAUGCAAGUGGUGGAGAGAUAUUUGAUCACCUUGUGGCCCAUGGACGAAUGGCAGAGAAAGAAGCCCGAAAGAAAUUCAAGCAAAUUGUUGCAGCUGUUCAUUUUUGUCAUUGUCGAAACAUUGUACAUAGAGAUCUGAAGGCGGAAAACUUACUCCUGGAUGCUAACCUUAACAUAAAGAUUGCAGACUUUGGAUUCAGUAACAUUUUUACACCUGGUCAUUUACUGAAAACAUGGUGUGGGAGUCCACCUUAUGCAGCUCCUGAGCUGUUUGAAGGAAAAGAAUAUGAUGGGCCCAAAGUGGAUAUAUGGAGCUUAGGGGUGGUGUUAUAUGUGCUCGUAUGUGGGGCCUUACCAUUUGAUGGUAACACACUGCAAAACUUGCGGGCCAGGGUACUAAGUGGUAAAUUUCGAAUUCCAUUCUUUAUGUCUACAGAAUGUGAACACUUGAUUCGACAUAUGCUUGUGCUAGACCCAAGCAAACGUCUGUCUGUGGAACAAAUCUGCAAACAUAAAUGGAUGAAAAUAGGUGACCCAGAUCCAGAGUUUGACCAGUUAAUAAAGGAAUCGAAGCAAGUGAAAGAAAUCAAAGCAGAGCCUCUGAAUGAGCAGGUACUUAUGUACAUGACAGAAUUGGGUCUGGAAAGAGAACGCACACUGCAGUCAUUGAAGACAGAUGCCUAUGAUCAAUUUAAUGCAAUUUACAGUCUACUGUGCGACAAGCUGAAGCGGCAUAAGACAUUGCGCACCUCUGCAUUGUCAAAUAUACCUCACUCUUUGUCAUUUCAGCCACCUGCAAGUGUACAGGCUGAGCAGACAGGUAACACAUUAAGUCUCAAUGUGCCACAGGUACAGCUCAUCAAUCCUGAGAACCAGAUAGUGCAGACUGAUAGUAACAUGAAUCUAGAUAGCGAUGAAGGGGAAGAGCCAUCCCCAGAAGCGAUGGCGCGAUAUCUCUCCAUGAGAAGACACACUGUUGGUGUUGCUGACCCCAGAACUGAAGUUCCAGAGGACCUGCUGAAAUGCCACCUGCCUGGUUUUCCAUGUACCAUGCCUCAGGCUCCUUUCCUGCAAGUUGUUCCAAAUGUUAAUUUAAUGCAGAAUAUGCUUCCCACACAAAAUUUACAGCCAGCCACACAGCUGGAGUACAAGGAACAAUCCUUACUUCAACCUUCAACUCUACAAUUGCUAAAUGGUAUGGGACCUCUCGGUCGUCGUGCUUCUGAUGGUGGAGCCAACAUCCAGUUGCAUGCCCAGCAGUUUCUGAAACAUCCAAGAGGCCUUUCACCUUUGGUCACCAUGAAUCCACAUACUGUUCCAGUCGUGAUACCAGUGGACGAGGAGGGCUCAGAUGGUGAGCCAGACCAGGAAGCUGUGAAAAGGUAUCUGGCUAACAGAUCUAAACGUCACACUCUUGCAUUGACCAGUCCUACAGCUGAGGUCCCCUUAGAUUUGCAGAGGCAGCUGGGACAGCAACAGGCAAUCUGUUCAUGGGCUUGGGUUCUUCACCCUGAGCAGUACAGUCGCAUUUGCUAUAAAGACUCCAACACUCUGCACAUUCCAGCUGAAAGAUUCUCUCCGGUUCGCCGUUUCUCAGAUGGUGCUGCUAGCAUACAGGCAUUCAAAACUCAUCUAGAGAAAAUGGAGAAAAGCACAAACACAAAUAGCAGCAUAAAGCAGCUGCAGCAGGAAUGUGAACAUUUGCAAAAGAUAUAUGGAAAUGCAGUAGAUGAAAAAAUAUUUGAGAAGACACAACAUCAGCACAUUCUUUAUCAACAAGAACAACAACAACAAAUCCGACACCAACAGAUUCAGGAAUAUAUUCGGCCAGCACAGCCUUCACCUCCAUUGCAAACAGCUUCAUUGAUUCAACAUGUGGAAAACCAGCCAGCAUUAAUCAUUCACCAGCUUCAGAGGUUACGAAUCCAACACGAACAGUCAAGCCCUCCUCCAAAUCAUCCCAACAAUCAUCUCUUCAGCAAGUCUAAUAAUACCCUUCCAUGUAGCAGUACAGCCGUUAUGCAGUCCAGCAGUUGUGCUACCUCUUCAUCUCAGUUUCAAGGCAUACCAUCCCAGCAUGCUCUAUUUCAGCAGCCCAGUAAUAGCCCGCCUCCCCCAAACCUCAAUCUUCCUCAAAUGAAUUUACAGUCUGGAUUUUCACAGCAGUCGCAAACUCAGGCAAUUACAGUUCAAGUCCAGAAAACGCCAGAUUUACCCAGCAACAACUUGCUUCAGGGGGCAGGGCAAAAUCUGCGUACCACACGUCCCUGUGGAAUCAUCAGUUCAGAGAAGCAGCUUCCCCUUCAGCAGAGAGGGGUACAUAUGCACUCUCUUGGGCCUGGACAACUCAGGGGCUUGGCCAAGCCAUUGAGUGCUGAUAGUGCAGAGGUAAACAGCUGCCAUAUUAGUCAAUUCCCUCCUUUGAGUUACGAUCAGACACACUUGCACCCUCACUUUCUCCAGGAGGGACUUCGAUUUUUAACUAACAACUUCAAUCCAGCAACAACGUUUUCUCAAGGCAUGAAAGUUGCACAGAUGGACUCACUUUCGAACUAUAACCAAACCAUAGCCUGUAAUGCUGUAAUGCAGCAUGAACACCAACAGCAAGAUUUCACAGCUUCAUCCCUACAUCAUGCAUUGCUUUCUCCAAUGCCAUCUGACCAUACAAGACACCAGAGGUUUUCUCAGCAGUAUGGCCAUAUGAUUCAGGGACUGCUAUCGCCCAGGCACUCGUUGACAGGCCAACAGGACCUGCGCUUAACUCCUGUUGAACUGCCACAUUUUUUAAAACAUCGUCAGCGGCAGCAACAUCAGCAAGAGUAUGUCUUGCUGAGGCACAUGAGCCAAGGGGUGGGGGACAUGACGGCUAACUUAUGUGGGCAGCAACAUUUUUUAACAGAAACAUUAAAUAUGCCUUAUCAGAAUACAGAAACAUAUCAUGAACAUCAUCUACUGCAGGUCAGAGGCCAGGGUCAUAUUCUGCAGCCCCUUUCGUCAUCCCAUGGCCACAGUUUUGUACAUCAUAGUCUGCUGAUACAUUCGGAGUGUAUGGAAGAGGACUGUGUGAAUGAGGGGAACAAGAAGGACUAUCAGGACAAUACUAAUUCUAGUGAUGUAUCCACCAAAUGCUGCCAAGAGAAUCCAGAGCUGUUCAACGUUGUUAGGUGUGAGGCUUCAGAGAGACUACUAGCAAAUAUAAAUCAUGUGCACAAAGUGGGUGUUUCACAGCUAUACAGUCAUCAGCCAGACCCUGACUCUGCUGGAAGUAAAGUGCCAAGCAGAGAGUCUGUAACAGCGGAUCAAACUGAUGGAAGUGCUCCUAUACAGCCAAUGGAAGUAAAUGACCACAAUGGGAUAGGUUACAAAACAAGAGAGUCAAGUAAAACUUUCCAACGGCAUCACACCAUUCAGACAAGUGAUGAUGCUUAUGAUCAGGCAGAGCCUUCAGGGAUGAGUUUAUUAGAUGCAAAGAUGCUUAGCUCUGCACGUAUGUCAGAUGUUCUUAGCCAGUCAUCACUCAUGGGGAAUCAACAACUGCAGAACAGAGAAGAACACAGUGGAAGUUUCCAAAAUUCUGCCGAACCAAACACAGGAGGCUUGGCACAUUCAAACAGCUCUUGCUACCCUGCCAAAUGCAUCAAUGACAUUUUGAAAGAACUGAAUCCACCACUUGACAACAAAGUACUUCUCUACAAACAUCCUGAUUUGGCCUUUGGAAUGGAGCAGGCUGGCAUGUAA